AUGAGUCUUUUCCCUCUUGCUUAUUUGGUGAAAGUGGCUGCUUCAGCAAUGAUUGUUGUUUUGAUCGCUUUUCUCUGCACUGCACAAAAUGAUAGUCCUACGUUUAAUCUCAUAUCACCGGGGACAGAUGCCACCUAUGUUUUCGAUGACGAGGAGCUUUCUAGUCAGUGGAUUUAUUACAAAAUUACAAAUCAAAACACCGAUAUUAGCAGCUUAAGUGGGAUAGUAGAAUCUUGCUCCGGACGAGUAAAUAUUUACUUUAAAUUGUGUGUUCCCUCCAACGGGCAACCCUGCGAUGAUAGUAACAAGUGGUUUCCCAAUAGCAACAAUUACGACAGAAAAUUCGUCACAGAGCCAACCUCUCAAUAUCAAAACCCCAUCGGAAUAUGCGAGGCAGAUCCAAAUUCUAAAUGUUCUUCCUCCACAACCUACUACGUAGGAAUUACUCCCCUUACUGAAUCCUCGUCCAUCAGAAUUUCAGUACAAGGCUAUUACAAUGAAGGAAAGGUGGAUUUGAUAACAACUGAUAAUAAGGAGAUUGGGUUUGAUCUUUCUUCAAGAAGGGUAACUCUUAGCACACUAACCUACUGUGCCUCGUUGGAUGAAGCUAGAAAUUGCAUUAAUGAGCUUGUUCCAACCCCUUCAUUCUUGUUUUGUGCCAUCCCAAGAAAGAGCAGUCAAAAAAUCAACGCUGCUUCUGUUUGUGGGUGCAGAUUGGGCACAAAUCUCAACAUUGAAGGAUGUGUACCCUCCAACGAAACAGGACUAACAGUGUGCGCACUUGACCAGAAAAGUUUUGACAAAUUGGAGAAUGAUGAAUACUUUUUGAAUGUUGUUGUAGACAGAGAAGACGUCCCACCACUGAGGGCAUUUGCCUUCAAUCCAGUGCCCUUCACAUAUUCUCAAACAAGUAACGUCGUUGGUGUGGUUGUUGGAGUUUUGUUUUCUCUAAUUGCCGUCACGAUUCUUGUAGCAGCCGUUGUGAUGGGCGUCCUAUUGUAUCGAAAAAAGUAUUCCUAUCAAUCUAUCUAA